AUUUGAUCCGACUUUCGUACAUCCAUGAAUCUGAGAGAUCGUCCAGUGGUCCUUAGACUCUGCCUCGUGAAGUUCGAGGUGCCGUCUUCAAGUAGCUUGCUGCUUCCGAGUCGAUGUGUAACUUUGGUUAAUUCCUAUAAAGUUACACUAACUACUCAUUAGCUGUGUCUUUUGCUCCCUCCUUUACCUCUGCGUCAAGGUCAAGAGACUCAACAGCAUCGUUUGACCACAGACUGGCCAUCAUAGCGAACACUGCUGUCUCGAUCUGAGUGUUUCUGUCUGGUGUAAACAACCCAGUUUCUUGUUUCCGAAAAUUAUAAGACCUCAAGGUCAUUGAUUACCUCGGCAGACAUUGAAGUUCCAAACUUGGUCACACGACGAACAGCAGACGCCUCGGAUAUUAUUUGAAGCCCAAAGAUUUAACCAAACCCAGCAAAUCGGCGAAAGUAUACAGGAAUUUGCAAUAUGAGCCAGACUGCCACCUCUGAGAGAGAAGCGGGCCCAGUCACGAAGGCCAUUCGAGUUGCCGUCAUUGGCGCUGGUGCUUCUGGUCUGGUCACGGCCAAGUACCUCCGUCAGGCCAGACAGUACUUCGGCGUACCCGAUGUCGAGGUCCGUGUCUUUGAGAAGGAGGACGGGGUGGGUGGUGUUUACAAGUACAAGGCCUACGAGGAGGCCGAGAUGGUGUCAUCAAAGUACCUCACAGCGUUCUCGGACUUUCGUGUCUCAAAAGACCUGCCCGACUUUCUGCCGGCAGAGGAAUACGUUCGCUACCUCGAGGGCUUCUGCACCCACUUCGAUCUCUGGGGUCUUAUCGAAACAAAGACCGAGAUUCUUCGAGUUUCUCAUACUAGUAGUGGCCACCGCGUCUUCUUUCGCCGUAUUGAAGGGUUGAAAGCUGCAGACAGGCGAGAUGGGGAACAACAAGAAGAGUCAUGGGAUUGUGAUGCCAUCGCCAUCUGCUCCGGUCUCAACAACGUGCCGUCCAUCCCAUCCAUCGAAGGUCUUGAGAACAUGAGUUAUCUCCAUUCCUCAAAAGUUAAGGAAAGGAGACAGUUUGGGUCGAAUACGUCCAUAAUGAUCCUAGGUGCAGGGGAAACGGCAAUGGAUAUUGCCCACCUGGCCGUGACCUCGGAAGCCCGGGAAGUCGUAAUGUGCCAUAAAAGCGGGUUCUUCUGCGCAAAGAAGGUUGUGCCUUUACCAGUUGUCAUGCACGUUUGGAAGCCGGACCCUCGGCAAAAGCCGGUCGAUACAGCAAUUGCGAGUUUUCUAGACACUGCAUAUCUUCCAGAGCGUCUCCAACACUCCAGCCUACUCUGGACCGUGUACGACAAGACGUUCAAGUGCCUGCAUUAUAUCUCUGGCGGAACGGCGGCUGGCCCGGAUCAGUGGAUCGGAGAGAUUGAGGGCGAUCGCAACAAUGUUGACUCCUUGUUUCUGGUCAAAUCUGAUCGCGCUUUACCAUAUCUUAACGAAGGAAAUCGAGCCCAAGACAUACUCUCUCGCAUAAGAGCUUUUGUGAUGAAUGUUGAGUUGAAGCCGACAGGGGGUAGAAAGAUAUUGACGGCACCUUGGCCAUCGGCUUUCCGAGAAGACGGCACUGCCGUUUUUGCAGACAACAAGAAGUGUGAGCACGCUGAGGCGCUAUCACAAGUCGUCAAGCCCGACUUGAUCAUCGCUGCAACUGGAUACGUGCGUCGAUUCGACUUCCUAGAAGAUGACUACCCAAAACCCGACGAGUUGGAUGUACGCGGGAUUUGGAGGCGCGGCGAGGUGACUGCGGGCUUUAUCGGCUUCGUACGCCCCGGCAUUGGUGCAAUUCCACCUCUCGCCGAACUGCAAGCCCAACUGUGGGCUCUUAACCUCCUCCGGCACAAGUAUCCUCAAGAGAUGGCACUGUCUACCGCUGAUUCCGACAGAGGAGAGUCGAACAACGCUGUCCCUCACUAUGAGGUCGACUAUGCCCUCAAGGCUCGAGGCGGACAUGACUUGUUUAAAAGUAAGCACGGCGUAGAACAGGAGUCUUAUGCUUAUCAACUUGCUCUCGAUAUGGGUAGCGCUCCAACCUUUUCUUUCAUGAGACGCCAGGGCUUCAAAGCAUUAUACACGUGGGCAAUGGGGUCGAAUUUCAAUACAAAGUUUCGACUCAUCGGUCCUUGGAGAUGGACAAAGGGCGCUCUUCCAAUAAUGCGCGGCGAGCUGUUUGAUGUUGUCAAGCAAACAGGGGGCGGUGUUUUCUUCACAACCUACACUCUUCUUCCUCUCUUACUAUUUGGCUCUCUUACCCUGCUACUCCAGGCAACAGCCGGCAUAUUGAGACUGGCGGGAAUGAAAGAACGGGCCAACAGAGUUCUGGGCUCAGGAAAUAUCCCACGCCGCGAAGGCGAUGGCCUCCAAGAAUGGGAGUAAUGGUUCGUUUUGGGUGAAGAUCUUGGGUUGACUUGAAAAUGAUCUCCAGCACUUACCAGAUAAGUUUGAUGGACUGGACGAUGAGAAAGCUUUGUGACGUUUAAUGAAAGAGGGAAGACAUUGAUGUGAGAUUGCCUCAAUUUAGCUGUAUACCUUUUGAGGUUCACAACAAGUCAGAUUUGAUGAUCGAGUCCCUCCCGUCUUGAUCCCUCGUACACUGAAAUUUACAUGGAGGCCCGGGGGGCUUCGACCAGGUGUUCCAGCGGCUGGAUGAUCUCAAGUGCCCCGCGCGGGGUACCUGGACGGCCUGUUGUUCUCAGUUCCUCAGGGACCGACUGCAAGCCGUUGAUUGGCCGCGCCUAAUUUUCCCGAUAACGAUAAGACCAAUUGACGCUUCAC